AGCGCCGCUCCCGGCCGGCUCGCUGCGUGCGGAGAUGGCGACGGCGGUGGGGCUGCUGGCGCGGCGGGUGCGGGGCUGGAGGCUGCGGGCGCCGUUGGCGCCGCCGGCCCGCGUCCUUCCCCGGCGGGCACACUCGCUGCUGGCGGUGGACGACGCCAUCAACGGGCUGAACGAGGAGCAGAAGCAGCUUCGUCACACCCUGUCUAAGUUCCUGCAGGAGCACCUAGCCCCCCAGGCCCAGGAGAUCGAUCAAAGCAAUGAAUUCAAGAACCUCCGGGAGUUCUGGAAGCAGCUGGGGAAGCUGGGAGUCCUGGGUAUCACAGCCCCUGUCCAGUAUGGCGGCUCUGGCUUGGGCUACCUGGAACACGUGCUGGUGAUGGAGGAAAUAUCCCGAGUUUCUGGAUCCGUGGGACUCAGCUACGGUGCCCACUCCAACCUCUGCAUCAACCAAAUUGUACGCAAUGGAAAUGAGGCCCAGAAGGAGAAGUACCUGCCCAAGCUGAUCAGCGGUGAGUACAUCGGAGCCCUGGCCAUGAGUGAGCCCAAUGCUGGCUCUGAUGUUGUCUCCAUGAAGCUGAAAGCUGAAAAGAAAGGAGAUCACUACGUCCUGAACGGCAACAAGUUCUGGAUCACCAAUGGGCCUGAUGCCGACGUCCUUGUUGUCUAUGCCAAGACAGACCUGACUGCUGUGCCAGCUUCUCGAGGCAUCACGGCCUUCCUCGUGGAGAAGAACAUGCCUGGCUUCAGCACCGCCAAGAAGCUGGACAAGCUGGGGAUGAGGGGUUCUAACACCUGUGAGCUGAUCUUUGAAGACUGCAAAGUUCCUGCCGAGAACAUCCUGGGCCACCUCAGUAAGGGCGUCUACGUGCUCAUGAGCGGGCUGGACCUGGAGCGGCUGGUGCUGGCGGGCGGGCCCCUCGGGAUCAUGCAGUCUGUCCUGGACCACACCAUUCCCUACCUGCACGUGCGGGAAGCCUUUGGCCAGAAGAUUGGCCACUUCCAGCUGAUGCAGGGGAAGAUGGCCGACAUGUACACCCGCCUCAUGGCCUGCCGGCAGUACGUCUACAACGUCGCCAAGGCCUGCGACAUGGGCCACUGCACCCCCAAGGACUGCGCGGGCGUGAUCCUUUACACGGCCGAGUGUGCCACGCAGGUGGCCCUGGACGGCAUUCAGUGUUUCGGUGGCCACGGCUACAUCAAUGACUUCCCCAUGGGCCGCUUCCUGCGGGAUGCCAAGCUGUACGAGAUCGGGGCCGGGACCAGCGAGGUGAGGCGGCUGGUCAUCGGCAGAUCCUUCAACUCAGACUUCCACUAACGCCGGGCCGUCCCCCUCUUCCCGCACCGAGAGGCCUUUCCCGGGAGGAGAGCCUGGCAGCACUCCUCCCGCCUGAGGCAGGUCCCGGGCUCGGCCGCCCUCGCACCGGCCUGCUCCCUCUGCGAUGGCGGCCGAGCCCAUGGGCCGCGGGGCCCGGCCGGCCAGCCUGGGAAGCGUUUGGUGGCUUAACAUGGACGUGACGGGAAGCCGGGGGGCUUUUCUGGGCUGUGGCGCCGGCUUUGGUGACUGCCCUCGCUCUCUGAACCGCAAGCCUGCCGCUCCCUCCUCCCAGGGUGGUCACCUGGGGGCAGGCAGACAGUCACCUCCUUUUUGGGGGUGAGCCUUGGCAGGGGGCCGUCUGCUCAUUUACUUGUGCCUGGUAGCUCUUCCAGGGGGAAACCCCCCAAAACCUAGCCUUUCUGCCGAUUUCCAGAGGCAUCACCCCCUUGCCGCUUGUGAGCAAGCACCCCCUCUCUUCAUGGCCCUGCAUCCUUCCAGGGGCUCCCCUCUUUAGGGCUGAAACCCCCCAUCGGGGAAUGGGCAUCUCAGAACGUGUGCCAUCCGACCAGCCGUCACCAGCCAGUGGUCCACGAGGCCCGAAAGCUUGGCGACCGCCGGGCUAGGCUCUGUGGUGGGGCAGAGGUCAGCAUGCUGGUCGAGGGCCAGCGCCUCUGAGCCCUUCAGCUGCUGUGCCACCACCGCCGCCGUCCUGGCCCUGUGACAGCCCGCGGCCGGCCGGGCAGCGGGCCUGCGUUGGCUGGCUCGGCUCCAGCCAGGCUGCCUGUGUGCAUUUCUCUGGACACCCCACGGCUAAUUCUGUUACAACUGCACAGCGGCCGCUGCCAUUUUAUAUUAAACAUCACGAAGCAGACCCAUCUGCUUCUACUCUGGUGUUUUGGGGAGAAGCAGUGCCUCGCCUCGGGCCUGGUCUGGGCCUGCCCUCCGGUCUGCUCACUGGAGGGGAACACUGGCGUGGAACCGGCCCUUAGAAGAGAAGAAGUCUCAGCCUCUCUCUCGCAGAUCCCCAGGGAUUUUUUAAAGGCGGUUGGAAGUGGUGAAGAGCCUUGGAGCUAAAAGGAAGCUCAUAAAUUUUGAAACCA